AUGGUCAGCAUCGACGACAUCUUGCUGGCGCAGGAUACAGACGAUGCCGCCAUCCAAAAUCUGCAGCCGGGCAGCCAGGACCCCGCUCGCAUCAAGGCCCAGCUGGAGGAGCUCUACCUGUCACCAUCGCCCGAAUUCUCUGACGAGUGGCUGAACCGCCUGCAGCAGCGCUGGGACUACGAGGCCGACUACUCGUCUCUGUUUCGCAUCGCACCAACACAGACCAGGACCGUCACCCAUUUUCAGCGCCAAGGGUUGGAAGGUCGCGUCACCGGCUACAAGAAUGUCACGGUCCCGCGCCACAGCGCCAACGCCAAAAAUUCGACCAGCCUGCUCCGCAAGCCCGCCAACCGCGCCGAGUUUGUCCGCGGCGCUGCUGGCUUCUUUCCCUUUGCGCCCGGCGGUCUGGAUAGCAUCGCGGCGACUGCCGCCCUGGAGGGGCAAGCCCUCGCCGGCGGAAAUGGCGAGCCGGGCGGCAACAAGCUCGACAGAGUCAUCCAGUUCACUGACGGUGGCUUGCUUCAGGUAGCACCCGGCCUGGAACGAGGUAUUGACUUUGCCAAGAAGAAGACACAGCAGGACCAGGACACCGAAGACGCGGUCCAGCAAGUCUUGGAAGAGGCGCCGGAACAGGUAGAGGGAGAUGAAGGCAGGGAGGAUGGCGAUCGGGCAGAGAUCGCGGAAGACGAAGAUGACGACGGCCAAGACGACGAUAUUGACGAUAUAUUGCCUGUUGAAUUUCCUUCCCUUGAACCACAUGGCGUACUCGCCGCAUCUCGUGCUAAGAAGGCGGGCAAGGAAUGGGCGCACAUGGUGGACAUACGCAACGAAAUGACGAAUUUCAGGGAGCUAGUGCCAGACAUGGCGCGAGAAUGGCCGUUUGAGCUGGACACUUUCCAAAAAGAAGCAGUCUAUCAUCUCGAGAAUGGCGACUCUGUUUUUGUCGCUGCGCACACCUCUGCAGGCAAGACGGUCGUUGCAGAAUACGCCAUUGCUCUAGCGGCCAAGCAUAUGACCAAGGCCAUCUACACAUCGCCCAUCAAAGCGCUCAGCAACCAAAAGUUUCGCGACUUCCGAGAGACUUUUGACGAAGUCGGCAUCCUCACUGGUGACGUGCAGAUCAAUCCCGAGGCUAGCUGCCUCAUCAUGACAACGGAAAUCCUGCGAUCUAUGCUAUACCGCGGUGCCGAUUUGAUCCGUGACGUUGAGUUCGUCAUUUUUGACGAGGUCCACUACGUCAACGAUUACGAGCGCGGCGUUGUCUGGGAAGAAGUCAUCAUCAUGCUGCCAGAGCACAUCUCGUUGAUCCUCCUCUCCGCCACCGUGCCCAAUACACACGAAUUCGCGUCAUGGGUCGGACGCACAAAGCAAAAAGACAUCUAUGUCAUCUCAACCGCCAAGAGACCGGUUCCUCUCGAACACUAUGUUUGGGCUGGCAAGGACAUUCACAAAAUUGUGGACUCGGACAAGAAGUUUAUCGAAAAGGGCUGGAAAGACGCACAUGCCACGUUUCAAAGCAAGGACAAGCCCAAAGGCGCGGAAACGACUGUUGCAACGCGUGGAGCUCAAGACAAGAAUCUGUGGGUUCAUCUGGUUCAGUAUCUGAAACGCAACACACUUCUGCCGGCGUGUAUCUUUGUCUUUUCCAAAAAGCGGUGCGAGGAAAACGCCGAUGCGCUGAGUAACCAGGACUUUUGCACGGCAUCUGAAAAGAGCCACAUUCAUAUGAUUAUCGAAAAGUCGAUUGCCCGACUCAAGCCAGAGGAUCGCCUCCUGCCGCAAAUUAUCCGCCUACGAGAACUUCUCGGCCGGGGUAUUGCAGUGCACCAUGGCGGUUUGCUUCCCAUUGUCAAGGAAUUAGUCGAGAUUCUGUUCGCGGAGACGCUCGUCAAGGUGCUGUUUGCCACCGAGACCUUUGCCAUGGGGUUGAACUUGCCUACUAGAACGGUUGUAUUCUCUGGAUACCGCAAACACGAUGGGCACUCGUUCCGUAACCUUUUGCCUGGCGAAUACACACAAAUGGCAGGUCGUGCCGGUCGUCGUGGUCUGGACAAGGUUGGGUCAGUCAUUAUUGUUCCUCCUGGAGGUGAUGAUGCGCCACCUGUCACGGACCUGCGCAAUAUGAUCUUGGGCGAGCCAUCGAAGCUGCGAUCGCAGUUUAGACUGACGUAUAACAUGAUUCUCAACUUGUUGCGCGUUGAAGCUCUGAAGAUUGAAGAAAUGAUUAAGCGCAGUUUCUCGGAGCAUGCCACCCAGCAACUACUUCCUGAGCAUGAAAAGGAUGUCAAGCUGGCCCAGGCUGAUCUGGACAAGGUCAAGCGUGAGCCGUGCAAGAUUUGCGAAACUGUUGUGGACGAAUGCCACCAAGCUGCGCAAGAUUUCAAGCAGCUUACUACUGAACUGUACAAGGGGUUGCUCAAGAUUCCCAUCGGCCGCAGAAUGUUUGUGCAGCAACGCCUGAUUGUGUUCAACUGGGACGGCAUCCGCACUGUAGGUAUUCUCCUCGCCGAUGGUGCGAGCCCCAGAAGCACAAUCGAGGAUCCUACUGUGCACGUAUGCGCGGUCAAGCCGCUGCGCGAUCGCCGCGACGGCACUGACCUGCUGCCGUUCCUGCCCACGUACCGCAAGUACCUGCACAAGCUGCCGAAUGGCCGUAAGCGCAUGCAAACCAAGACACUACAUGUUCCAUUGAGCGACGUUGAUUGCGUGACGCGAUGGGUGCUGAGGGGCACGGUGCCGGAGAUCAUGCAGCGCGGCGAGGUCGGCCUGGUGGCUCUUGACAAGCUGCAGGAGAUGUGCGUGUCGUGGGACGACAGGUGGGACGAGGUGGACAUGGCCAAGAUUAAAAGCUUGCAGCUGCAGGAGAUUAUUGAGAAACGCGUGCAGCUGGCCAAGGCGAUGAGCACGUCGCCGGCCAUGUCGUGCCCGUCGUUCCUCAAACACUUUGCCAUGUGCCACGACGAGUGGCUCAUCAAGGAGCACAUUCAGCAACUCAAGUUGUCGCUGUCGGACCAGAACCUGCAGCUCCUUCCGGACUACGAGCAACGCGUGCAGGUUCUCAAAGAACUUGGUUUCAUCGACGAUGCCACCCGCAUCCAGCUCAAGGGCAAAGUAGCCUGCGAGGUGCAUUCCGGCGACGAGCUCGUCCUGACCGAGCUCAUCCUCGACAACGUGCUCGCCGAAUUUGAUCCUGCCGAGAUUGCGGCGCUGCUUUCGGCGUUUGUGUUCCAAGAGAAGACGACGAUUGAGCCGGUGCUAACGGGCAACCUGGAGCGCGGGCGGGACCGCAUCGUGGCCAUUUCAGAAAAGGUCAAUGACGUGCAAACGCGGCUACAGGUGAUUUUAUCGUCGGAGGACUCCAACGACUUUGUGUCGCGGCCGCGGUUCGGCCUCAUGGAGGUGGUGUACGAGUGGGCGCGCGGGAUGAGCUUCAAGAACAUUACAGGCCUGACGGACGUGCUCGAGGGGACGAUUGUGCGCACCAUGACGCGGCUGGACGAGACGUGCCGCGAGGUCAAGAAUGCGGCGCGCAUUAUUGGCGAUCCAGACUUGUAUCAGAAGAUGCAGCAGGCGCAGGAGAUGAUUAAGCGCGACAUUACGGCCGUGGCGAGUCUGUACAUGUAG